UCAUUGAUCCGGUUGAAUAUUAACACUGAAAAUUUCAUUUCAACAACAAAAACUUGUGUCUGUACAAGCCAUUUUUGAUUAUAAAUUGUUGUGAGCUUAAUAAAUUAUUUUCUAAUUGGCAAAAAAACAAGAUAAUUUACUCGUCAAGUGGAACAAAACGGAUUCCAUCGAAUUUUGUUUUUUAUUUUUUUUCUUGGUUACAAAUUUGAUCAAAUUGAUCAAUUUUUAUAAUAAAUGAAUAAUAAUGAAUAGCAACCAAAAGUCCAUAUCAAAACAUCGAACCGGUGGUGGCGGUGGCCAAUCACAAAGUAAUCAACGAAAUGAUUACCAACGAUCAAAUCAAGAUCGUUAUCAAUCACAUGGAAUGCGAGCAAAUAAUUCUAAUGUAUCACAGGCAUGUAUUAAUGCUGCCGCUAUGAAUACAGCAGCCGCAAUGCAAAAUUCAAUGGGUCAACCACAAUUAAUGCGUAAUUAUGCACCAAAUCAAACACAACCGGCAUUGAUUGGUCAUCAGCCAACAAACAUACAGAUGAAUCAUUUGAAUCAACAACAACAACAACAGCCAACUGGUGGUGUUGGUGGUCCAAACGUAGUUUCAUCACAGCAAGCUAUGUCCGGCAUGAUAAAUGCAGCUGCUGCUGCUGCAGCUCAACAACAACGUUUUCCACCAUAUUCGGUUACAACGGCACAAGCACAACCGCAACAACAGCAGCGAAUACAAUCCAAUCAUCCGAAUUCGAAUCGCCAAUCAUAUAAUCACCCGAUGCGUGCUGGGGCUGGUGGUAGCGGUGGCGGUGCAAAUAAUACGGGUGCUCAAAGUGGUGGUAGCCAUAUACCUAAUCAUCAUCAUAAUAAUAUAUCAUAUACGACAAUUCCGCCUUCAGCUGCGGCUUCGAUUCCAGGUUUUACAUAUGCGGCUGCACAGAAUCCAACAUAUUAUCAUCCUCAUCACCAUCCUGGAUCAUUUCAUCAUCAGAAUCAAUUUUCGAUGGCGACUCCUGUUCAACAAAUGCAAUACGGUUAUCCACCUAUGUAUUAUUUACAUGAUUAUUCAAGAUAUCCAUAUAUUCAGAGUAAUUUGCCGCAAGCUGUACCAGUAGCGACAUCAACCGAUUUAAGUAAUCAAUCUACUGGUGGAUCAUAUAAACCAAAUGAUGUUCAACAUCAUCAACAACAACAACAACAGCCAGGAUCUGCUGGUCAACAACAGCAACAACAACAAUUGCAACAUCAACAACAACAAUUACCGAUGCCAAUACAGCCACAGCCAAUCAAACAACAACGUGAAAAAAGACCAUUAGAAAUAUAUGAUGAAAAAGGGGUUAAAAUGGAUCUAGUUCAAUUGGCAUCAGAAGCGAAAAAUAAACCUGCGGUUACAUCUCAAAGUAAUAAUAAUAAUAAUGAUACUCCAAAUGUUGUUGAUAAUCGAUCGAAAUCGGAAAAGAAUGUGGAUAAUUUGAAAAAAACUGAAUUGAACGGUCCGGUUAAAAAUGAACAUAAUGAUAAAUCACUGAAUACUACCGUGGUUAGUAGUAAAAAUGAUGAUAAAACUAUCGGUGAUGAUAAUAAUGAGAAUAAAGGUCAUGAUAAUUCUCUAACGUCAGUUGUUGCUGAUAGUAAACCAAAUGAAAUACAAAAACAACAACAGACAACGCCAACCACACCAUUAUCAUCAUCGGAAUCAUCCGUUGCUGGUGAUGGUCAUCCAAACAAAUCAUCCUGUGAUAUGAAUAAUGAACCGACGAUAUCAUCAACAUCAACUGCUGAUUCAUCAUCAUCAUCAUCAUCUAUUCUGAGUGAUUCACAAAAUCAAUCAACGAUUAAUGUUGUUGAUGAAAUUACCGAAAAAGUUGAUAAAAUGGUAUUGAAUAAUAAUAAUGAUGAUGAUAAUUCAACAACAUCAACUAUGGAUGGGGAUUUUGUUAAAGUUACUGGUGGUGAUGGUGAUAAUGUCGUUGAUGGUACUGCUGUUGCUUCUGCUGCUGCAGCCGCUGUUGUCAUCGAUGGCGAUAAUAAAGAAUCUUUAGAAAUAGAUUCUACUACUUCAAAUGAUGAAAAUAAUAAAUCAUCAAAAACCGUACCCGUAACAACAAAAGACGUUGUUGAAGAAUUGUCGUCAAAAAUUCAUCAAACAACACUAAAUACGACGGGUGAUAUGGAAAGUAGCUUUGAAAUUAUUGAUCAUAUUAACACUACACCGUCUGAAGCGUCAACACCGACAAAUACUAGUACAAUUAGUGCUGCGGCUGCCGCUACUGUUGAAAUGCCAAUUGUCAAUCAUGAUGGUAAUAGUAAUAAUAAUAGUCGUGAUGGUACACCAGAAUCAUUAUCAUCCAAAUCUAAAUCGAAACCAGCAAAUAUUGUUGGCAAUAAAGAUGCUGCUGCUGCUGCUGAAACAGCUGCAAAUAACAAAUCAAUUGUGAUCGAUUCACGGCAAUAUUCACGUGAUGCAUUAUUGCAAUUACGAUCAAAUGCAACCGAAUUGGAUUUAACCAAUUCAAACCAGGAGAAUGUUCGUGACAUUAUUCGAAAGCCUUCUCAAAAUAUACCGGAUAUAUUGUUUCCAAUGUAUGCCCAACAAAAUCGUUCAAUGAAUGAUAAUACAUUACAAUAUCGCAAUAAAUCAAUGGUACAACAAUCAAGACGGCCAUCACAACCAUCAAGAAAUUAUUCGGAUCAAAAAUCACGUAAAAUUAUGUCGACAUCAUUACAUUCGGAUUAUCCAAUAAAUUCGGAUGAAUGGCGUCCGGGAAAAAUACAAUCAAAUGAUCCGGCCGAAAUUGAAACAGCAAAUCUAUUGAAAACUGUUCGUUCGAUAUUGAACAAGCUGACACCACAAAAUUAUCAUACAUUAGUGACACAAUUUAAAGCACUGAAAAUUGAUUCAAAAGAUCGUCUUGUACGUGUUAUUGAUUUGAUUUUUGAUAAGGCUGUUGCUGAGCCAGCAUUCAUUGUACAAUAUGCUGGAUUUUGUUCCGAAUUAAUACAUAUAAAAGUGAAUGAAGAAAAUGAUCAAAAUAAUAAAAUUGAACAGGUGAAAUUUAAAAAUUUACUCAUCUCAAAAUGUCAGAAAACAUUUUUUGAUGAUAUGUAUUCGAAUAUCAAAGAUCUAAUUGAAGAAGUGAAAACAACUGAAGAUCCAGAAAAACGUAAAGUAUUGGAAGAACAAUUGGAAGAUGAAAAAAUGCAUGCACGUAAACGUUCAGUUGGUAAUAUAAAAUUUAUUGCCGAAUUAUUCAAGAUUAAUAUGUUGAAUGCAUCGAUUAUGUUCAGUUGUUUUGAAUAUUUAUUAAAACAUUUUAUCGAUCAUAAUCAUGAAGAAUAUAUCGAAUGUCUUUGUGCCUUGAUCACUAAUAUUGGUCAAAAUUUAACCGAACAGAUAAGGAUUAAAUAUCCGGAUCACAUUCCAAAAUUUGAUAAAAUAUUUAAUCAAUUGGAAAAAAUUUAUAAUGAAGAAUUGGAUGCUAAAGUUUCACCACGUAUUCGAUUUAUGAUUUUGGAUCUAUUAGAUUUGCGUAAAAAUCAAUGGAUACCACGAAGAAAAACUGAAGGACCUAAAUUAAUAGCACAGGUUCAUGCCGAUAUGGAAAUGCAACAACGAUUGAAAAAUGAAUCGGCAAAUGAAAUGAAAAAACGUCAGAAACAACAACAACAACAGCAUCAACAACAUCAAUAUCAAAAUAAUGCUCAAAAUAAUGAUGAAUGGCAACAGGUGAACAAACGUAAAUCACAUCAUACAAAUGUACCAACGAAAAAUUUAAAUUUUGCUGUUUUUAGAAACUUUACGAGUUCAAGUGGAACAAAAAAUGAUCAAUCCAAUUCUUCAUUUUCCAUGUUUACAUCUGGUAGUCAUGGUGGUUCAACAUCCGGCACUCAAAGUCGUUCAUCAUCGACAAAUUAUGAGAAUAAAAAUUCCGGUUCUUCAUCCAAUGAUAAAAAUCAACGUACCUUCCAUGAUAGCCUAAAUGCCAAGAACUAUCCACAACGUGGUCGUGAUGAACGUAAAGUUUCGGAUGUAACAAAUUAUAAUUUGGAUAAACAUCAUCGUAGUGAUAGUCAACAGUCGUUGAAAUCAUCAUCAUCAAUAACGGCCAAUUUAUCGCCAACACCUCGAUCAGAUUCAAUGGAUAAUUUACGAUCUACUAAUGUUAAUGUUAUGCCGGAUUUGGAUCCUGUACAAUUUCAAUUAAAAGUUGAUACAACAUUGAAAAAAUAUCUGGAUAAACAAGAUUAUGAUGAUACUUAUAAAGAAGUUCAAUCGUUUUGCUCAAAAACAAAAUGUGCCGAUUUUAUUGCGGAAUCAAUAUUGUUAGCGAUUGAUAAAACUAGUCAAAAAUGUAAUCCUCGUGAACGAUGGGGACAAUUUUUGGGUCAAUUUUUUUGUUCAUCAUUCUGUGAGAAUACGGAUAUUUUUGAAAGUCUAAAAACCGUUUUCGCUCAAUAUGAAGAUAUUAAAAUGGAUUUACCAAAUUUUUUUCAAUUUGUUGCCGAAGUGAUUGCCUAUGCAUCAUUGAUUAUUUAUGAAAAAGGUUCUACAAUAGGACUGAAAAAUGAUAUAAUGAAAGCUGUUGAAAAAGCAUAUAAUGAAAUUAGUGGCAGUGAAUGUGCCUUAUUUCGUGAUCAUUUAUUAAAAUUAAUUGAACAAAAGAAUAAACAAUGUUUUAGCGAAAUGAAGCCAUAUUUUCAUUCAGCACAGCAUGCCGAAUUGGAUGAAUAUAAUAAAUUAGAUGAAAUAAUUGAUGAAUAUAUGGUUUCAGACGAUUUAGAUCAAUUAAAAUUAAAGAUAAAGGAAAAUUUUUCCAAAAGUGAAAACGACGAAAAAUUUAAAUGUGCCUUAUAUUAUAAACCUUUAUAUGCUUGUUUCAAAAAUCAUCAAAAUUCUGUGAAUGAUAAUGCCACAUGUAAAAAAUUGGACAAAAUCAAAAAUCUUAUAAAAUCAUUUGUCAAUGAUAAAAAUGAUGAACUUUUAUUCCUUGCAAAAUGUGAAACAUUAUUUGUUGAUUUAAAUCAUCCACAAAAAUUAUUAUUCGAGAUAUUCACUUAUCUACAUGAUAAUAAAUUGAUUCAAAAUGAAUCGUUUUUACAUUGGGGAGAAAGUAAAAAGACAAGUCCAAUCGCACUAAUGAAUGUUCAAAGGUUUAUGGAAAAUUUAAAUAAAAAAUAAUGAAACAACAACAGCAAAAAGAAAAUGUGUUUCCUUCAUUCAAUUUAUUCAUCAUCCAUCAGUAGUACAUCAUUAUCGUCAUCUUUAAUUUUUUUGUUUGUUUGUUUCAACG